AAACCCUGAACCUUUCCUCAUCUCUUAAGAGACAUGGCGUCGAACACCUCGAGUGCACUGCAGGACACGGGCAUGCUCUCCAAGGACCAGCUUCUCCGCCUCUUCGCCCGCUUCUCUGCCCUCACUUCCCAGCCAGAAGUUAAGAAGCGAAUCAGGGAUGCAGUCAAGGACAAGCAGGAGGCCGUCGCGGUUACUACUGCCAUUCAAGAGGAAAUAUUUCUUGAAAUGGGAAUCGAUCCAAGAUUUGGUAUUUCUUGCUUGGGGAAGAUAAAUUCUGUUUAUGAAAAUGAUCAAGAAUUGAUGAUUCAAUUCUAUGGCUUUGUUGCAAAGGAAGAAAUGGCCUGUGAUGAAGCUGAGCUUGAGCCUGAUGAGUAUGCAGAAAAAUCACGCAUUCAACAUCAGUUGCAAGAGCAGCAAUUGGAGAUGCUAAAACACAUGCGCAAGUUUCAUCCAGAUGAUCAAUCGGCAAUACUUGAAGCGCUUCACAAACAAAUGGAGAACGCCAAUUUCGACAACAGUUCAACUGUUUUGAAUUUUGAUCAAAUUCAAGAGAUUAUUCAGAAAAGAGUUGCCCCAUGAUUUGUCCAGGGGCUUUCUUUUAAUUCAUUUGACCAUGGUAGCUUAGCUAUUAGAGUUAUCUUGGUUUAUUUACCCCACAUUUCUUUCAGCACAAUUUCUUAAUUAUGAACCAGGUGUAUUGACUGAUUUUUUGGCAGGUACUUGUAUUUUCCACUGAAUAUUUUGGCCAUAAAUUGGAUUUUUUUUUUGUUAAAAAAAAUUAUGGGGCAAGUAG